CCCGGAAGCGGAAGGGCCGCGCUGCCGGGUGACCCCGAGAGCGGCGCCGGGAGGCACCGGAGCGACCCCUGCCCGGGGCCCGGGCCCGCUCGAUGAUUGCGGCGCCGCCGCCCGCCUCCCCCGGCCGGGACCAGGUGCUGCGAGCGGACCCCUCGGCGAGCCCGUUACCGCGGCGUCGUUAGAGAGGCGGCCCCGGCCCUUCCCGGGGCCUGGCACGAAGCGGGAGGCGGCGGCCGGUGCCUCUCGGGGGAAGGGAAGAGCUGACUGGGAUCCCUCCUCGGUCCUUCCUCCACAGGUCGCCCGCCCGCGCCGCACGGUUGCCCCGAUGGCCGCGUGGUCCCGCGGGGCGGUGCUGGCGCUGUACCGGGCCCUGCUGCGCCGCGGCCGCGCCCUGCGCUACACCGACCGCGACUUCUACCUGGCCACCGUCCGCCGCGAGUUCCGCCGCAACCAGGGGCUGCAGCGCCCGGAGGACAAGGAAAGGCAGCUGGAGAAGGGGCAGGCGUUCCUGCAGAGCGGGCUUGGCGGCCUGGUGUAG